GCCGUGCCGUGCCGCCCCGCCCGGACGCUGCCUCGCUCGGCUCGGCGGGCGCUGUAUGCCGCCCCGGAGAGGACAGCAGAGCCCCGCAGAGCUCCGCGGCCGGGGCCACCCCGCGGUGCGUGGGAUGAAGGGAGCCUGAUACCUGCCCAGAGAGGAGACGCUGGCCCCCGCGGAGCUGCCUACCAUGAGCAGGGUGCUGCUGGCGGGCAGGAUGCAGCCGGAGAGCCGGAGCGUCUGUGUCUUUCUGCCCACCCGGGAGCAGCUCAGCCUAGCCGUCGGGGUUAAAGCCACUGGACAGGAGCUCUUUCAGCAAGUUUGUGAUUUAGUGAAGAUUAAAGAGCCUCACUUCUUUGGCCUCAGCAUUGUUAAAAAUAAUGAAUAUGUUUUUAUAGACCUGGAACAGAAGCUUAGCAAAUACUUUUCAAAGGAAUGGAAAAAAGAGACCACCAAAGGAACAGAGAAAUUCAGCCCUCCUUUUGUUGCGUUCUUUAGAGUACAAUACUACGUAGAAAAUGGAAGAGUAAUAAGCGAUAAGGUGGCACGGCAGCUCUAUUACUGCCAUCUCAAAGAGCAAGUACUUAUGUCUCGGUGCAACCACAAAGAAGAAAUCUACUUCUUGCUGGCUGCCUACAGCUUACAGGCAGACUUGGGCAACUACAGGGAGAAGGUCCAUGCUGGCAAAUAUUUUGAACCUCAGGCUUACUUCCCGCAAUGGAUAAUUGCAAAGAGAGGGAGCGACUAUAUCUUGAAACAUGCCCCAGAGAUGCACCGAGAACAGCAAGGGCUGAGCGCUAAAGAAGCAGUGCUGAAGUUCAUUAAGGAGUCCUGCCUGCUGGAAGAUGUGCCCGUCCACUUCUACAGGCUGCAGAAGGAUAAGAAGGAGGAUCGCCCGACUGUUAUCCUGGGCCUGACCCUGAGAGGAAUGCACAUCUAUCAGGAGGUGAAUCACGUCCGCCAGCUCCUCUACGACUUUCCCUGGUCGCACAUUGGGAAGCUGGCAUUUCUGGGGAAAAAAUUUGAGAUCCAGCCAGACGGUUUACCCUCUGCACGGAAACUGGUUUACUAUACGGGUUGCCCCUUCAGGUCACGGCACUUGCUGCAGCUCCUCAGUAACAGCCACCGACUCUUUCUGAAUAUUCAGCCGGUGUUGAAGCAAAUACGAAAACUGGAGGAGGCUGAAGAGAAGAAGCGCUACCGGGAGUCCUAUAUCAGUGAUACGCUGGACAUGGACCUGGACCCGUGCGAUAAGAACUCGCGUGGCAGCGGGAGCAGUGGGGGCAGCCGGAGGGAUAAUCGCCUCUCACGCCAGUCCACAGGGAGCCAUGGCAGCUCUCACACGUCGGGCAUUGAGGCUGAUUCCAGGCACCGGGUGUCGGUGGAAAUGUCCGUGGAUGAGCCCUUCAGCAUUGACCGGGUGCAUCGGAAAGAGAAAUCCUGCAGCUCAACCAUCAGCUACGGUAGCUCUGGCAUUGACAGUGGCAGCAAAGGGCGAGCUGAAGAUGACUCUCAGGAUGAUGAGCUUGAGCUGGCAGUAGAUGAGCCAGAGGAGGUGCCUGUAGAUGAGCCUUUAGAGGGAGACCAGUUAGAGGAGGCCACUGUGGGAGAAUCUAUUGAAUCUCUUCCUCUAGAUGCUGCUAGCUGCCAAGCGAUAAAUCAGGAAUCGCUGUCUGUGGUGCAAGUCACACUAAUAAAGAUGAGAGGCCAAAGUGUGGAAUCCCUUCACCAGGUCAGAUCACCCAAAAGCAGGAGCUGCACGGACCAGCACAGCCAGAGUUUGGAUGACAUCCGCCUUCACAAGCACCGGCACCCGCCACUAAGUGCCACAUUGUCUUCAGACACGUCCCACAGCUACACGUUUGGCUGCAGCCUGGAGGACAAGCUGUCUAUCUAUGGCUGCGUUUAUUCCACAGCAGACUGCAAAACCAAGUCAGCCCUUUAUGGGAAGCGAUCCAUGAACUGCCUCUCCCUGGAUCUUCUGGGAGAGGACCAGCUCCCAGAGGAGUUUGUGGUGUAAUGAGAUUGGAGCUCUUCCAUACCAGGAAAGAGCUCAUCAUGGAAAUAUAUACCUCAUUAACACAUGUGAUGUCACUCUGGUUUUGCAGGAGAUUGUGAGCAGCUUUGUUAUUCAGCUCCAUAAUCGGUAAGUGGCAUCACUUCUGCAGACCUGACUACAGGGCAAAUCAAGUGGAGUGUAGCACUUAACAUUGGCAUUUGAAGCGUCUGUCUGAGCAGAAAAUGGAAGUGGCCUGCACCAUUAGCAGUGACACAACCGACAUAAAAACCAAAAACAGUGGACCAAAACUGAUGCUGAGCUAGUAAAGCAAACACUGUGUCUAAAUGGAUUUAUCAGAAAGAAACUGAAAGUCUGUGUCAGUUAUCUUUCUGCCUUUCUCUUGUGGUCCCUUUCUGUUAAUGCUAGUGUACGGAUAGCUUGGUUGUCCUGAAUUUGUGCUGCUGCGACACUGCCAACAGCUGUCAGGCCAGGAUAUACUCUGAGCACAUUUGGAAGGCUGUAUGUGGAAGUGUCUAGCCUGUUCCUGUUAUAAUGAACACAAGUUGCCUAUUUGCUUUAUGGGGAGCAAGACCUGCUCUGCCAGGAGUUUACUUCUCUUUUUUUUUUUUUGUCAUUUGUGUUUUAAGCAUCUAGUCAAAUACAAUAUGCAUUAUUUUUUUUUCUCCCCCUUUAAUGCAACAAAUGGAACUGUCUCUCAGCUGUCUACUACUGCCAUGAUGCAGAUUGGUAAAUAAAUGCUUAUGUCCUUGGGGAGAUGGGGAAAGGGAUAAAACAAAUUAGUAAGCUGCCUCUGAGAGUACAACAGACAAGUUGAGAGUGUAAAUCGACUGGCUCUUGAAGACAGGAGUGUGACUGGAGAAUUUGUCCAGGCAUGAUCACCCUUUACUGAAUUGUACUUUUAUGUUGUUGGUUUUUUUUUAAUAUAUGUGUUCCUUAGAAAUUUUUCCUCUGCUUAGGGUGCAAGUAUGGACUGGAGAAAGUUGCUCUGGAAGGACACACAGAGUGACUGUGUCCUGCUUAGUCAUGGAUAGGUCAUGCAAAUGGGAGUGUGUAGUGCUGCAGGGCUCAUAGCGGUGGAAGUGUAGGAUGUUUGUGUCAAGGGUUAGAGCCAAGGGGUACGCGCUCAUUUGGUGAUUCUGAGUGGUGGACCUUGCUGUGCUGGCUCUCACUAGGAAAAUAAUAACAACUAUGCUGUUUGAUUCAAGCAUUUGGUUUGGAAAACAUCCUGCUACCUUGUUACAUGCAAAUAAACGUAUGUUUGUUUGAUUUCCUUCCCUGUCUUCCCCCACUACCUCCUCCCCUCGUCAAUUCCCAGCAUUUGGGAAGCUUGUACUUAAAGGCAUGUGUAACCUUGCGCCCAGCUUUUGACAACCUUGCAGGUGGACAGUAAUAACUUUUUGGAAAACUCUAGAAGCAGGUUGAUGCUAUUCUGCUGGUUGAGGAUGUGUGUGUUGUGCAGUGCUGAUCACUCAAAAGCUGAAGAUAGCUGAGUUCAGGAAAGGAAGCAAGCCAGGCCACGAUGAGAAUGGUUUGAGCUGCUGCUUUGACGGUGGGCUUUGUGGGCUUAGUAGUUGUCUGGUAAAUUGGCUUCCUGUAAAUUGUUAAAAUAGCACAUCUAUGAAGUCUGUCAUCUCGUUAUUUCUAUGCAAGUGAAUGUGGUGUAGGCAGAGCAUGCAGGUGCAUCUGCAUUUACUGAAGUAGCAUCAGCAGCUGUACAUCCUCUGAGAUGAAUCCAGCACCAAACCCUGGCUAUGAUGUUUGAGGAAUGAAUAAUGGGCACAAGCUCACUGCAGCCGCAGCUUAAUUGACUGUGCCCUCUUCGAUCACGCUGUUCUUUGUUUUUGUGAUGAAAGAUGAGGAGCUGUGUAUUCACCAUAGCCUCUUUCCAUGUCUUCCAAGCAAAGCCCAAAUGCCUUUAGAGAGUCCUUGAGGUAUGUUUACUGCAUCCAAAAUAAACUCUCCUAAAUAGAUCUAAAUGAAUAAAGGACAUCUGGCUGCUCGUGAACAGUUCGGUCAAGCAUCCCACUAUCGGGUUGCUCCCCGUUACCUGGGGCCCGUUUGGCUGUAAGCUGUGGGAGAGAGGCAUGGCCAGGAUCCAGGGGACCAGUUGCUGUGCUGCAGGGAGCAGCCUUGUUCUUGCAGCCAUCACGGAGCUGGAGAGAUGGCUUGUAUUGCAUGUCUGUAUGUCUGUCCAUGGAAAAGGGGGGGAGGGGAGGGGUCUGGAGCAACAGCCCUGCUAAACUGUUGCUUUCCCACCCAUGCAGAUGUACGGUUACUUGUGGUUCUGGCAAUGGUUUUUAGUAGGGGGAAAAAAACCUCAAAAUUCAGUGCGUAUAGUUGCUGCAGUAAGUGUCAUAAACAUGUUUGCACCAAAUGCUGACAUCUAUGCGCACUUAUCUCAGACAAUCACGUUCGUACCUGCUUUGGCCUAAUCCACCUUACUGGAUGAAGUAUUUAUUGACACUGACACCAAGCAGUUUGGAGUUUUCUUUUUGCAGUUACUGAACAUUCGAUAGACCUGGUGAAAUGCUGUAAUCUUCCUGUUGCUGGUUACAAAAUACACCAAUGCCUGAAAACUGUAAUUGGCUCUUGUGUGAGCAUCGGCUGCCUUGUAUGUACUUGAGGGUUUCUUGUAUAUAUUCAUGGCUGGCAGGGAAAAGGCAAACUCUUCAAGUCUGACUGUCUUUUCUCAGUGGUCUGCGCAGCUCCCUCCAGUACUGUGUUACAUAUGCAUAUGAAGGGGAGACCGGACACUUUCGUGUAUAGACUAAGAAUGAACUAGUAUCUUACAAGCACUGUGAAUAUCUAUCAUGCAAGUUUUUGUAUUCAUAUGGGGGAAAAAAAGCCUGUUCCUGCUAGCAAUAGACUUAUUUUUUUGUUUGUCUUUGGCUUUAGAAGGUCUUAUUAUUUUGGGGUUUAAUUAGUUUGGUAGAGGGUUAUGUAAGCAUUUAACAGUUGGUGUUAGAAACUAGCUGCCAAUAUUUGUACAUAUUUGUAAAAUACUCGUGGUAUAAUCACUAUUUUAAUGGUAAAAGUUUCUCCUUUCCAUGAAAGGAAUUUCAUGUUUAAAAUAAAAUAUAAAUAAUUAUAUGUACACUUGCAAUAAAGUAUGGAUAGAAAAAGGUA